AAACCGUGAAUUUAAAAGAUCUCAUCUUUCAAGAAAAUGAUUUUAUACCAUGUGAAGCUUCAACUAAUGCCUCAAGUGAUACAAGCAAUAAUACUGUUGAAAGCAGCGUUGAUAUGGAUUUUGAUCCAGAAA